CGAUGAUGUUGAUGAUGAUGAUGAUGACGAUUAGUCAUACACACACAUACACCUUUGCAAAAUCUCAAUGAAACUGUGUGUUCAUGCCAGUGCCAAGUGCCAACGAGAGAGAAUAUAAUCUGACUUUUAUUGUGUCAUCAUGAAUUAAUUGAAAAUUGAAAUAAUAAAUAAUAAUCAGUUGAUCAGUGUUAUUUGUCUGAGCCUCAUGUGUCAAUUACUAAAUAAUUUAAAAGGCCUCGUUAAUAUUAUUGUUAAUAAUAAAACAUGCUGUGAUAUAUAAAUUAAUUAAAUAAUAAUACAUAUUUAUAAAAUGGGAUCUAGACUUAGAGAAAAUGUUAAACAUUUGUAUGAGUGUUUUUGUGAAAUUGCUGCUCCAGUUGGUGAACAAUCAGCUUGGAUAUUACAAAAAUAUCCAGACUCUUUUACAGACCAAGAAGUUAUUAAAAAUGUACCAAAAUUUGCAUAUCCCUGUGAUUUUGAAAACUCAAUUGUUCAGCAUUUUUCAUUUGUCCUGACUAGCAUUGAUUCAAAAUGGACAUUUGGAUUUUGUCGACAUGAUCCAAAAACAGAAACUGCAUUAGUUCUUUUAAGUUCAUUGCCAUGGCAUGAAAUGUUUUACAAAUUAUUAAAUAAUAUUGCAACACUUGUUGCAAGUAGCAACAGCGGAAAUUUACCAAAAUUUCUUGGUGAUGUUUAUUCAAGUAAUGUUCCAAUGCCUGGAGCAUCUGUAACUAUUUCAAUAUCAGAGCCAAAUAUUACAUAUGUUUGCUCAAGUCCACGACAAUUUCAACUUCCCAGUAUUCCAGAAAAUAGAAAUUUAACGGAAUAUUAUAGUGCCGUUGACGCCCACAAUAUGAUGAUAAUAUUUUCAUCAAUGCUUUAUGAAAGAAGAAUAAUAUUUACAUCUAAAAAAUUAUCAAGACUAAGUGCAUGUGUACAAGCAUGUAAUGCAUUGAUAUAUCCAAUGAUUUGGCAACAUAUAUACAUACCAGUUUUACCUCUAGCAUUAAUGGAUUAUUUAUUAGCACCAAUGCCAUUUUUAAUUGGUGUACCAUCAACAAUACUAGAACGUGUACAUAAAAAUGAUUUAGGUGAUGUUGUUGUACUUGAUGCUGACAAUAAUUCCAUUGAAUCACCAUUUCAAGAUCUAGAAUCACUUCCUGUUGAUGUUAUAACAAAUUUAAGAAAAGCAUUACGUAAUCGACCAUCAUUAUUGGGUGACGGUGUAUCACGUGCAUUUUUACGUGCAUUGGUUCAAUUAACAGCUGGUUAUCGUGAAGCCUUGACACUACAACAAGGUGAAAGAAUAACAUUUGAUGAAAAUGCAUUUGUUGAAAGUCGUCCAUAUUCAAUGCAACCAUUUUUACGUAAAAUGCUUGAAUUACAAAUAUUUCAACAAUUUAUUGAAGAACGUUUACAUAUGCUUAAUUGUGGUCUUGGUUUUUCUGAUGAAUUUGAAAUGGAAGCAUGUAAUUAUUCUGAUAAAACAAGUAAUAAAAUAAUACAACAAUAUCGUGAAUGGACUGGUGCUAUGAAAAAAGAAGGUACAGCAUUUUUUCGUAGUGUCAAAGAUAAAGCAAAUCCAGCAAUGAAAAAUGCUGUUAAAUCAGUUAAAAAUAAAGGUAAAGAUAUGAAAACAGUAUACAAAGGAUUAAAAUGGAAAGGUAAAUCAUCAAGAGGAGUAGGAGGAAGUGAAAAUAGUCAUCGUUUUCAUCAACCAAGAUCAGCACCAAGUUCACCAACACUUGAUAGACGUACAACAAGUAUAUUUGGUACAGGAUCAAAAUCACCAAAUGGUCUAACAGCAACAACAUCAUAUCGUAAAGAAUUACGUUUACGAAAUAGUAAUGUACCAGAUACAAGUCGAAAAAGAUAUUCACCAUUAAAUUCUGGCUCACCAGAAGAAUUAGACUCACCAGAAACACCACCAGAACGUUUAAAAAUUGAUUUAAUGAAUGAACUUCAAGAUGUCAUAUUUCCAAAUACUCCACCAGUCGACAGAACUGAAACAUCAGACAUACAAGAUUUGAUACGUUUAGAUUCAACAAAUAGUGAUGAUGAUUUUGAUCCACUACUUUCAAAAUCAUUUGUAAGCCAACAACGACAAAUGUCACAAUCAUUGCAUAUACAACAGUCUGGUGAAGGUAUGAGUAAUCCACUUUAUCCAUAUUUUUUACCGUAUAAUGCUACUACCACCACCACCACCUCCAAUAACAACAAAAACAACAGCAGCAACAACAACAAUGACAUCAUUGAGGAUAAACGUGGUGAUUUUGAUCUACUACAAGAAUACGGUUUAGACUUUAAUAAUUUUAAUCUGGAAAAUUGUUCAUCAUCAUCAUCAUCAACAACAACAAAACAAAAAAAUAAAGACAAUGACAAUGAACCAAGUGGAAAUCUUGAUGAUGUAUUUGGCACAUCAUUUGCAACGUCAACUGUCAAAUCACCAAAUAAUUGGACGAAAUUUGAUUUUCAACAGUUCGCCACUGACUAUGGUGAAGAAAGAUACAUAACACUUAAUCAAUUGGGUGAUGGAACAUUUGGAUCAGUUGUACUUGGUCAACGUGUUGACACUGGUGAAAAAGUUGCCAUCAAAAGAAUGAAAAGAAAAUAUUAUUCCUGGGAAGAAGCCAUGAAUCUUCGUGAAGUUAAAUCAUUAAAAAAAUUGAGCCAUGCAAAUGUCGUUAAACUAAAAGAGGUCAUUAGAGAAAAUGAUGUACUUUAUUUUGUCUUUGAAUAUAUGAAAGAAAAUUUAUAUCAACUUAUGAAAGACAGAGAUAAAUUAUUUCCUGAGCCAGUUGUAAGAAAUAUGAUAUUUCAAGUACUUCAAGGUUUAUCAUUUAUGCACAAACAUGGCUUUUUUCAUCGUGAUAUGAAACCAGAAAAUUUACUAUGCAUGGGACCAGAAUUAGUUAAAAUUGCUGAUUUUGGAUUAGCACGUGAAAUAAGAUCAAGACCACCAUACACUGAUUAUGUAUCAACAAGAUGGUACAGAGCACCAGAAGUGUUGCUUCAUUCAACAACAUACAAUAGUCCAAUAGACAUAUGGGCUGUUGGUUGUAUUAUGGCUGAGCUAUAUACAUUUAGACCAUUAUUUCCUGGUAAAUCAGAAAUUGAUGAAAUAUUUAAAAUAUGUGCUAUCAUUGGAACACCAGAUAAAGAUGAUUGGCCAGAUGGUUAUCAACUUGCUGCUGCAAUGAAUUUUAAAUUUCCAGUAUUACCAAAAACUCCAUUAAAAAAUAUCAUACCAAAUGCUAGUCAAGAAGCCAUUGUAUUUAUGGAAGACAUGUUGGAAUGGAAUCCAUUAAAAAGACCAACUGCACAACAAUCAUUAAGGUAUCCAUAUUUUCAAGUAAACAAUGCAAAUCGUGUUAUGAGUAGUAGUAGAAAAAUUGGUAAUUCUCAACGUGAAUUAUUGAUGAACAAAGUUAAUUUUCCAACUACAAAUGUAAAUUUUAAUCAAGACACCUUUAAUAGAACAAUUGUUGUAUCAAGAUCAACUGAUAAAAUAGCACCAGUUCAAAUUCAAGUACAACCAGUAUUACCAUUAUUAAAUAAUAAUAAAAAACAAAGCUGGGAUCAAGAUGUUGAUAAUAUUUGUAAAGAAAAUCGUGUCAGUUGGAAUGAAAUAUUUGGAUUAGAUCAAAAUAAAAAUAAAAAUCAAACAACAAAAAAUUUAAAUGGUAAUUGGAUAACACCAGGAUGGAAUGAAACACCACCAACUCGUAAUUUGAGUCAAUCAAUUGGAAGAACAAGAUUAUUGCUAAAUGGUAUUGUUGCACCACCAUCAUUGGAAAAAAAUGAUAAUUUAAAUGAACAAUUUUGGAAUAAUCGUGAUGGUAUUGAUAGCCAAACAAGACAACAAUAUUUAUUGAGAAAUAGAUAUGAGACAAAUGAACCAAGCAGCAAGGGAAUUCUUCAAUCAUCAAGUCUUUUUGGAAAUGUCGUGAGUUCAAGACCAAGUGGUGGAGUUCAUGGAAGAACAGACUGGGCAGCCAAAAUUGAAUUGCUAAUGCUUGAAGUGAUGUUGGCAACAACAUCAGUCAUCAUGGUGGUGGUGGUGCUUGAAUUACUAGCAGCAUCAAAAAUUCCAGCAACAGUUGUAUUUGAAAUAACAGCUGUUGUUGUCAAUGCAAUUGUUGUCAUAGCAGUUGUUGCUGUUGUUGUUGUUGUUGUUUUGAGUAUUGGAAUUUUGUUGAUGCUUUUAAAAGUUGAAAGAGUUGCAUUAGCAAAUAGCGUAGUUAAACUACGUGGAGUCGUUGUUGUUGUUGAUAUGGAUGUGUCAAGUGAAACAACAAUUGAAGAAAUUCAAGAAAAACCUCAAAUAAAUCAAUCGCCAAUUGUACGAGUACCAGUAAAACAUGCAAAUCUUGGAAUAAGAAGUCAUGCAAUGGAUAUGAGUACAAUGGUUGAAUUAACAUCAUUCAGUACAAUGGGAAAAAUUCAACCAUUUUCAGUAACAAUAUCAACAACAGCAGCUCUUGUUGUUGAUCUUCAUUGUCAUUUAAUGGAUAAAGAAGUAUGUGGAUAUCUUGGUGGUCAUUGGGACAUAAAUUCUCACACAUUGUCAAUAACAAAUGCAUUUCCUUGUCGUUAUGCUGGAAAAGACAAGACAUCAGCUUCAAUGGUUGAAGCUGAAAUAGCUAAAGCAAUGGAAUGGCAAAGAGUUAUACUUGUUGGUUGGUAUCAUUCACACAGAUUACAUGCUGCACCAUCAUUGCGAGAUGUUGAUUAUCAGCUUGAUUAUCAAAUUAAAAUGAAAGGACCAAGUGACAAUGGUUAUACACCUUGUGUUGGUCUUAUUUGUUCUCCAUAUCAUGCUGAUGCAAGUUGUUACGAAUCAAAUUUUAAUGUAUUUUGGUCAAUGCCACCACCAGAAAAUCGUCCACAUGAAUAUCCACGUCCAAUGUUAUUGAGUUAUACAAUAACACAAGAGCCAUUUAUAUCACAAGAUUCACUUGAUGAAAUUAAAAAAUGCAUUGAUUAUUAUCGUAGUGAGGGUGGUAUUGAUUUUAAAAAAAAUUUCAAUAGUACAACAACAUAUUUGGAACGUUUAAAAAAUUCAUUGGCAUCAAAAUUACCAGGUAGACAACGUGUUAAUGGUACUGGUUAUUGGGAUGUUAUACGUGAAAUGAUAUUACCAGGUUCAAAAGAUGAACCAUCAUCAUCAUCAUCUCAUACACAAAUGAGUCAGUUAUCUGAAUCACUUGCACAAACACCUGGUGUAUCAUCAAAUAAUGUAUUUUUAGCACCAAUAAAUUUUAAACCAGAUACAACAAUAACAAGUUCAAUAACAAAACAUUAUAAUAAUCAUCAACAAGCAACAAUAUCUUUACGUGAUAAAAAAGAACAUGAUGAAUUAAUGUUAAAAGAUACAAGAAAUAUUAAACAUGAUAGCAGUAAUUUACCACCAACAUUUAGAAGUGGUGAAUUAACUGUAUCAUUAAAAAAUAAUAUAAAUAAUAAUAAUAAUAAUAGCAACAAUACUAAAAAUGAUUAUGAACAUAAUAAAAUUGAUUUAAGUAAAAUGAAUGCACCAUUAACAGCUGAAGCACUUGAUAAACUUGGUGCAACAUUAUCACAAUUUCCAAUUGAUUUACCACAACAUUUAUCACAAUUUUCUGAUAUUAAUAAAUUAUCAUCACAUUUUUCACCAUCAGAUAUUGUUAAAUUUCCUGGUUUUUCAUUUGAAGAAUUAUCAAAAGCAUCAACAAAUGUUUAUGCUAGAAAUAUUGCAAAUCUUCUUGGUCCAUUUGCUAAAAAUGUAUCAUCAACAUCAUCAUCAACAUCAACAUCAACAACAACAACAACAACACCAACAAUACAAGAUAUUAUGUCAGAUAGAAAAAAUGAUUAUACACCAAGUGAUUUAACAAAAUCAUCAUACACAUCAUCAAUUGAUGAUAAUAAUUUAAUAAAAGAAAGAUUGAAAAAAAUUGAUCAUUCUGUUGAACAAAUAAGUAAACCAAAUAGACCAACUGAUUUUACAACUGCUGAAGAGUUAUCAAUAUCAAGUGUACGUCCUGAUUUUGGUGCAAUGUUGGAUAUGUCAAAUCGUUCAUGUAAUAAACAACAACAACAACAGUUAACAAUUCAAUCAUCUGUUAUUGGUGGUGGUGGUGGUGAUCAAGGUGAAUCAUUGAACUUGACUAAAGAUCGUCAAUAAAGUAUUAAUUUGAUAAUAAUAUUAAAAAAUAUGACAAAACAAAUGAAAAAAAAAAAAAAAAUCAAGAUUUUUUAUCAAGGUUUUAAUGGGACCUUGAAGAAUCAUCGACCCUUGUUCAACAAGGAUAUUAAAAUAGUUGUUUAAUGUAAAAUAAAAUAUAAAUUUUUAUUUUAAUUUCCACCUACACAAAAGAGUUGAUGGCAAGUUGAUUUUUUUUUUUUUUUUUUUUUUUCAUUUUUCUAUAAAAGACGAAGAAGAAAACGAAGAAGAAGAAUAAGAAGAAUAAGAAGAAGCCAUUUGAUAUUUUUCACAUACCACAAGCAUUUUAAACAACAAGUGAAUAAGAUGUAUCGUUUUUUUUUUUUUUUUAAUUUUAAAAUUUGUAACUAUUUAUGAUUUUAGUAUUAUUAUUGUUGAUGAUAUAUUUACAAUUUGAUUUAAAGACACGGGGGGCAAAUAAAUUUUGUGAAAGUAACGUGGUAUUAUAUGAGAGUAGCUUACCGGUGGGGAAGAGAGCAACGUUUUUCUUGUGUAUUUCUUGUCUCAACAGCCUCGAAGAGACCGAUCGGACAGUCGCGCGGUAACGCUCACCUUCUUCUUCUCGGCUUUCACCUUAGCAUUAUUAUUUUUAUUUUUUAUAUACAUUAAAUUUUCUGUUUUAUAAAUUAUUAUUUAAAUAAAAAUAUUUGUAUUAUUUUAUAUCAAAAUUAUUCAUUAAUAAAAUUAAAGCUAAAUGUUAUUUUUUUUUUUUUUAAAUAAUUAAUCUUUAACUUUUGGUGUUGAUUGAAAUAAUUAUUUCACAAAUUUCUAUAUCGAAAUUUGUGAUAUUAUGUUUUUGUAUUUUAAUCUGCUGCUGCAACGAUGAACGAGUAAAAACAAAUUAAAAAAUUUAAAAAAUUACAAAUACCAGUGGAUAAUUUACGUGAGAUAGAAAAAAGAAAGGCAAAAAAAAAAAGUAAUAUUUAAAAAUAAAUAACCAG